GGCGCUGAUCAUGAGACGUUUACACCUCUCUUCCUACCAUCACAAUGUCAUUGCAGUAAAGUCCCUUUCUCUGACAUGGAAUCAAACUCAAACUUCAAGCGGAAACUCCAUGGAUGGCUCAGUUACGCGUUUGCUAGCGAGGUGUUCGUUAUUGUUUCGUUAACGCUAUUUCUGCCAAUUUGCUUGGAACAAUUUGCUCGAGAUAACGGAUACCUCCAAUCAGACAAAAUCACCAGAUGCGUGGACUCUGUGAAUGUUGACGAAGCGGUGCCCGACGGUGGACCUGGGGCGAGAUGCGUCGUUAAGAUUGGGUGGUUCUGGAUCGACAGCGCAAGCUUCAGUCUUUAUGUUUACUCCAUUUCAGUCGCACUACAAGCUCUCACUGUGAUAUCUGUUGGGGGAAUCGCUGACCACCCACACCAUAGAAAGCGCCUUCUGCUCGGCUUUGCUCUGGCCGGCGCAAUCUCAGCCAUGUUAUUCGUCGCACUUCCCUCAUCUUCUCCAGUUUGGUUUCUUUCAGCAUGCCUUGCUGUCGUUGCGAACGUUGGCUUCGGCGUAUCCGUCGUUGCGAUGAACGCCUACCUGCCUUCCCUUGCAAAAGCUUCCCCUACUGUCGUUCAACUUCUCGCCAACUUACAGGAGGCCGAAGCCACAGACGAGAGAGCGGAUGACGGAAAUGAUGAAACCGAUUCUGAACAACCUCUCAUCCAGAGAUCCCAACCUGACAACGUAAUGAAACUCAGGUCUCAGUACGAAACCGAACUUUCUCGUGCUACCUCUCGUAUAUCGUCUAUGGGGAUCGCAUUAGGAUACGCCGCAGGCAUAUGUCUCCUUCUUGUAGCUCUCGUUCCCGUCACCAAGAUGAAGGGUACUACCUUCGCACUCCGUCUAGCCAUCGGCCUUAGUGGAAUAUGGUGGGCUGGUUUCUCAAUUCCUGCCGCUCUAUGGCUCCCGGGAGCGGAAGCUCCUAUCGAGAACGCGGAAGCGGUAUGGGUGGACAAUGAAGAUUUACAACAAGGCAAAUGGAGUAUCCGGAGGGAAAUACUGGCUGCCUGGAAGCGACUAGGUUGGAUGCUACGGUGGACGGAGAUAAAAAAGCUACGAAACACCUUCAAAUAUCUUGCCGCCUGGUUUUUAAUCUCUGAUGGGUUUACAACAAUCUCCUCCACUGCUAUUUUGUUUGGAAAGACAGUCCUGAGCAUGAAAGCGUCUGCAUUGAUUUUAGUUGGCAUAAUAACGCCGAUGUCGGGAAUCUUGGGCUCUCUCACCUGGCCCAGAUUGCAGAGCUAUUUCGAAUGGUCUAACCACAGAGUCAUUGUUAUUUUACUUGCUCUGGCCUCCCUAGUCCCCGCUUAUGGAUGUAUGGGGUUCUUGAAAAUAUCUCAAGAUCAUUUUGGUGGUCUGACCACGCAAAAUGAGAUGUUUGGGCUGGCGGUGUACUUUGGGUUCAUGUAUGGUGCAUUCCAGGGGUAUGCUCGGGCGUUUUAUGCGGAACUUCUUCCCCCUGGCGAAGAAGCAAGAUGGUAUGUAGAUAUUGCGUGAAAGAAAACACCUUUCACAAGCCUCCGUCUAGGUACGCGUUAUUUUCGAUCACGGACAAAUCUAGUUCUUUUGUUGGACCCUUGAUUGUUGGACUUAUUUCAGACAUCACUGGUAACAUCAGGUACUCGUUUUUCUUCCUUGUUUUUAUGAUUUGGACGUCUAUUCCGAUAAUGCUGACAGUAAACGUGAAGCGGGGGAGGAAAGAUGCCCAGUCGUAUAGCUAUCCUAAUUGAAAAUACAGUUGAAGAUGUUCCAUCCGCUAUCAUCAAAGGAGCUUGCUCCGGAAAGACCAUUGGAGUGUAUUUACGCUAACCUUACCAAAGCAGC